AUGGAAGUACAACACAAGAGAAGCAUGAGGCAACACUGUGCUCUCAAACAUGGAAUAUUCAAGGAAUUCCUGGCAGAAUUCCUGGGAACGUUUGUCUUGGUUUUGUUUGGCUGCGGCUCAGUCGCUCAGACCGUCCUCAGUCGAAACACCCUGGGCGAACCUCUCACCGUCCACAUCGGCUUCUCUGUAGGCCUGAUGAUGGCAGCGUAUGUGGCUGGUGGAGUGUCAGGGGGCCAUGUGAACCCUGCUGUGUCUCUGGCCAUGGUGAUUCUGGGCAAACUGAAGAUCUGGAAGUUUCCCUUUUAUGUCAUCGCUCAGUUUCUUGGUGCUUUUGCAGGAGCUGCUGCAGUCUUUGGAUUAUACUACGAUGCUUUUAUGGACUUCACCAGCGGGAUUCUGUCAGUGACAGGAAUCAAUGCAACAGGUCACAUUUUUGCUUCGUACCCUGCGAGACACCUGUCAGUCCUCGGCGGCUUCAUCGAUCAGGUGGUGGGGACAGGAAUGCUGGUUCUGUGUAUUCUCGCCAUCAUCGACGGUGGAAACAUCGGAGCUCCUAAAGGCGUUGAGCCGCUGGCCAUCGGUCUGAUCAUCAUGGCUAUCGGCGUGUCCAUGGGCCUGAACUGCGGCUAUCCCCUGAACCCCGCCAGAGACCUGGGACCCCGACUGUUCACAGCUGUGGCAGGAUGGGGGAUGGAGGUGUUCAGCACCGCUGACUACUGGUGGUGGAUCCCGGUGGCGGGGCCCAUGGUGGGAGGUGUGGUCGCGGCCGUCAUCUACUACCUGCUCAUCGAGCUGCACCACCCCCACGAGGAGCAGGAGAAGCCCCACGAGGAGGAAGAGGAGGAGGAAGACGAAGAGGACGAGGACAGCAGUCUGAAGGACAAAUACGAGAUGAUCACCAUGAGUUAAAAAGACUUUAACCUCCGGGACUGAAGAUGAAGAAGGCCCAGCACAGCUUCCAUCUGUGAGGACAGGCUCCCUGUGUCAGUGUGCUCUUGUUAAUAGCAACAUAGGCUGUAGUUACACUUCUGAUUGACUUCAUGCUGUGCAGAGACAAGCCCAGUGCUGACCAAAACCUCCACAGGUUCAAACAGAGUAGAAUUAUUCAUAAUUAAAAGUAAACAUAUUUAUAUAGGACCUUUAAAAACACAGCUCACCAACUGCUUUGACACACAAACCAAAAACAAGAUAAGACAAUAUAGCAACAAGAAGCU